AUGCAAGCGGCUAGCGACGCGGUCGGACUCGGAAAUUUGCUUUCGGGACCGGACGAACAAGGAAGCAGUGUUGAUAUGCUGCAGAGGGCAAAGGGCAUCAAAGAGCAGCACAGCCCGGUGGAUCCGUCUCUACUGCCCACGACCGACCACGCGCAUUCUCCGCUGCCGCAAAGGGCUUCGCCUCUGGUGGGUCCCGGAACAGCUUCGCCGACGAGUGCCACCGCUCGCGCCGGCGCGCAGCAAGAGGAGAAGGAAGCGCCCUCGGUUGUACUAACGGAAACGACUACAACCACGACCCUGACGUCGCCGCACCCGCCGGCACCGCUUAAGCCUUCUGUCGACGGGAGUGUGUCGACUCCCGGCUCCUCGAGUGCGCGGACCACAACGUCAACGCCGCCCCACCCGCCGCCCCCGAUUCUUCAUCCGGGACCGCAAGGCGAGGAACUGCAGCCUGCUGUCAGUGGGCCCUCGCUUCCAGAUUCUUCCCUUGAGAAAUUGAGCCAGGCAGCGGAGGACCAAGGGGGAGCACCACUAGCUGGACCUGGUCUGGAAAACAUUGUCGCGGGCAAUCUGACAAAUUCAAAUACGACGGUUGAAAGAGCUUUUUUCGCAGCUGUGGCGGGAAGGUCCAGGGGGCACAAUUUCUCGGCGUCCACCUCUGCGCCAUGGACCUCCCACGGGGCUCUGCCGCAGGCAGCAGGGGCAGGAAACGUGACCACUACCACUAGUUCGGCGGCCCCAGAUAUCUUGAGGAAUCUGCAGCGCGGGGCGGGCACGAUGCAUUCCUGGCAUCUUCACUCUAGAGCGCAUUCCAUUUCAUUCCAGUCUUGUAACUGUAUCUGAGGACCAGCAUCACCACGACGGCACACAGCACAGGAAUCGUUCGCUUUUUAUGCAACGCAAAAAAAUUAUUUAUACAGUACUAGAAGGAGAAGCAGAAGGACAAACAAAGAUGUAAAGUCGUGCAACAAUUCUGUAUGGUUCAAUUAUGGUACAACUUACAUGGCGUCCGGUAUCGUGUUGAUUGUGCGUCGGUGCAGACGAAACAGCAGGAAGUCAGCGAACCGAGUCUACUGCCAAUAUUGUGUCGAGGUUGGACGUUGCUAUAUGUACUUGAGGAAUGAUUAUCUAGGAACAUUACUCGUUCUUGCUAUUCAUGGGUUGCAAGAAGUCGAACUCGAAGUCCUCCCGAGCCUUUGCAGUAGCGCUGGUUGUAAAUUAUGGCGCGCACCAAGUCAUUGUGACAGUGACCAUAUUUGUGCGUGCACUGUGAUGGCGCUCUCAAGUCAGGAAUGCUCCUUGCAUCGCGGCGCCCCGGCUUUUUCGACUUCGAUAAAGAAGAGAUUUGCAGAGCAGCAGGGGGGAGAAGAAGGUGCGAGUGCAUUUCUUGAUGCAACUCAGCCUUUCCGUGGCCCCCCAAGGCCAACCCAAGCCCUGCGGCGUACUAAUUCAGCUCCACCAGGAUUCUCGGGCAUUGCGGUGCAGCGCGACGCACAGAUAGAUAAGCAGACGAAAAAGUUUUUUUCCAGCAAGGCGUGGACGCGAGUGUUGGCCGCCGACAAAGCGCGCCGCAAAGCUCAGAGUACCAUUGAGUAUGGCCAGCUGCGAAGCUAUGUCGACGACAAGGACGUCGCUGCCUGGCAUGCCUUUCAGGAGGACAAGAAAAGCCCCGGGAUGACGAAGCAGUGGACAUGGAUAGACCUGUUUUUCUGCCCGAAUCCCAGGAUGCGCCAGACGAGUCGGGAAUCCAGACACACCUUUGUGAGAUUCUCCAUUGUUGAUGAAAAAGAUGUUACAGAUGGGAUGGAGCCACCCUUUUUGACAGUCAGCGCAGAGUACGAGCCGGGAUUCGGAAUGGACCUUACAAGCUUCGACGAGUUGCAGGUUGAAAACGGCUACUUUUUUGGAUAUGGAUAUGAUGGUGGCUAUCGGCAUUACAAUCACGAGAAGAUCGGAAAUGAGAAGUUCGGAGAGCAUGCAGAUUCAUUCACACCGCAGUGGUGGACGACCGGGGUGGAUAUGAAACUUUCUGUUGUCAAUGAUCGCUCAAGGUCGAGACUGGGAGCGUACGGCGGCCACGGUCGGAGCCAGGAUUUAUUGUUUGAACCUGGACUACGGACACGCGCAAAAAACUCCAUGGUGAAGCUGAUAAACAAGACUGUGCUGAAGCGUCGUCCCCUCGUUUUUUGGUCGGAAUAUGAUCCUGUUCUCUCGUGGCGCUUUGUUGAUGCAGAAGAUAUAAUGAAUGUCGUUGCGCUUGCCGCGCAGGCCACGGGGUUUGGGUGGGUCCAUGAGCAAGCGGGCUUUGUUGACGAAUGGAAACACUUUGCAAACGUGGUGAUGAACGUGUGGACGCGACCGGGCAGCCCUGCUUGGUGGAACUUGUCCAACUUGAAGGGCAGCGGCGUCGAACCGAUGAGCCGUUUCGCCACCCCAGCACAAAGGCCGAACGGAAUGGAAGUUGACGGAACUACACCAAAACCUUUUUGGCCCCAGCAAGCGGAGCACGCGUUGAUAACUGAAAUUGGGGAAGUGAUACGCAAUAUGUGGGCGAUCUACAACGACUGGUACGUCAAAGCGGAUUUUGCUUUCCUGAAUGCGGGCUUGUCGGCGGAACGACACAAAAAGAAGCAGCGUCUGCAAGAACUGUCUCGCAUUAGAUCAAAGAGUCCCAAGAACGUCAAAGAGUCCCAAGAAUUGCGAUAUGACAUUUUUCAGAUUGACGUUUUUGGGUACCCCGACCUGUAUGCGCUUUACGAGAUGCUAUUUGUGGAGCUUAAUACUAAACAAGACGGCGGCGGCGAUUUGAACCUCGUCAAGCUCAAUCAAGCAGCAGAGGCAAUGGAUGCAAUCUGCAGAGCGAGCCACCCAAAAGUGCGAGAGGUAACAGCUUGUUGGGAUCGAGAGGUGAGUCAGGCAAGGCGCACCCAUGCUUGCGAGAUCAGUCGCGGAAUUCGCACCUGGUUGUGUAAAUCACAGGAUGGCAAAGGGAACAAAAACAACUGCGUGGAGGAGCGAAUGGAAAGAUUGAAACAAGACGAUUUUGCGCGGACCAUCAUGGAGAGAACCCCACUUCCCGAUUGGAAUUCAAACCAACCUCAAGAGUGGUGGGCUUGGCCUAGCUUCAUGAGACAACUAUAUUACUGCAGGGGGCGGGUUGCUCCUCCUCAUGCUCCUGCAGUAAAGGAAACACCGGCGACGUCGCAACCUGGAAAUGGAAUAACAAAAGCGGAAUCAAUAUCGGGGGAGAACCUUGACCUCACCUCUUGGUCAGGGCAGGAGUACAAAAAAUACAAUUUUGGGAACCCUCCACAAAAGAAUUUGUUCCAAGACCUCCAAUCAAAGGCGAAUGUGCCACCGGACCAUGUAUAUGCUUGGGUGAAAGUCUACGUCGAUGAGUCUUCGCGGGAAAAGCAUAUGUCCCGCGACCCAAGAUAGCAAAAUCCGGAAAAACAGGACAAGUUUUCAUCUGGUACGUUUGGAAGCCGAGCAUUGCUGGUGAUCCCGGAGGACACGGGCCGGCUGCUCGAGUUUCGGCGAUUUGAAUUGGCCCGCGUGACGCGGCUCUUCGCGCUUGCUUGUAGCAAAGCAGUAGGGGCCUCUCAUCGUUCCACAGCAGAUGAACAGAUCUCCGACUCGCACUCGGGACAGGUCGAAAACUUCGCCUGGGAGAGCAAGUAAUCGCAAGCAGUGCCAGGCAACAGAAUGCGCUGAGGUGUGUGACAUUUUCGAAAACUGCAAACGCGACCCCCAUGGCCCAUGUGAAAGAGCGAGCAAGGCCGGCAACGGUGUCGCGUGAGCAACAUGCGGCGCCGCCGGCCGUCGCUUCAAAAUUUCCGCACGCCGCACGCGGCAAUUCCGCCGCCCGAUGCCCGGCCAAAAUUGACGUCCCCCGCCUUUUCGGGCACAAUUUUGCGUUGCUGGGUGGCAUCAAUUUUUCCGGCACAGGCCCCGGGCAAUUGUUUUACCGCGGAAAAGUCAAAGUGCAAUUUUGGUGAACAAAAUCGCGAAAACUUCCGAAACGCGAAAAGCAUACGCGAAAUCGCAGCAAAAAUCGGCGCGCGGCAUUUUUUUCGGCCCUGGUGUCGCCUGUUUUUCAGGUUUUCGCAAUUUUCUUGCAGUGGUUCAGAUUUUUUUUCAUCUAAAAAUUUCCUUUCGGAUUUGGAUUUUGUUCCAGAUUUUGUUCCGGAUUUUGUUCCAGAUUUUGAUGAACAAAAUUUUGUUCGGGAGUUACAUGAAAUCUUUGUUGCCCGUUUUUCUAUUCUAAAGUCUGUAGCAGUGGCGUGGCCGCGCUUGCGAAGUCUUUUGCUUUUUGCGCCCGCGCCCCAAGUGUGUUUUUGCCUCCAGUUCCGCAUAAUUAAAUCUCGCACCGCAAGGACUGUCGCGGAAGGCGCCCUCUGAAACACCGCAUGAGCGCCACCAGUAGCGGCGGGGCGAGGACUGGGGGAUUAGUUCCGCCACAGUGUCACGGUUAUCCGGUGUGGGAUAAUGUUGCGCAGGGUGGGCAGUUGCUAGCAUUUGCCCGGCACAGUCCAGUGACCCGGAAUCAUGAGGGUCAUGUCAGGACAUUUGUGCGAUUUCUUUUUUCGUUUUCCGGGUUCUAUCGUCAAAUCAAACUCAAACAAGUAAGUCAUGUCGUCUUUUCCCCUUCCCUUCCAAAAUAGAUAAACUAGUUCGCAUGUGUGUUAUAUUUGUAUUCCCCCUCCUCCAAAUUUCUCAAAAAUUUGAUUUUCCUUUUCCGGGUUUUAUCGAUUUUGCUCUCUUGGUUCUCCGGGACAUAUGAGAAAACGAUGGACGGAUACGGCGUUCGCGACUGGGUGAGGUCGGCAAACAAUGGACCUGCUUUUGAGCCUGACGUGCAGUAUUUCCGAUAUGUCGGGGAGCUUCAAAAGGGAAAGGCAAUGUCAAACCCAUUUGGCUAUCACUUCAGCUACGUCAUGUAGCGGCGUCAGUGCGGGGCCACGUGGUGGCCGCGACGGGCGGAAGUCUGUCGGCGCUUGCUAGGGGGUUUACAGCCACUCUGGGUGUCGGGAAAACAGUCUCCUGGUUGUCGACAAAUCAAAUUUUACGACCUCCACCAAUUGUAGUUGCAACGCCACCAGGGAAAGUAUAGUCGUAGCACAAAAUGGCAACCGCCUAAGUCUUCAUGUGUCCUUUUCAUCCUCGUUUUUUAAUUAAAUAGUUUUUGUAUGGUUUGCAAGAAAAUCCAUGUACGACAUGCAAAACCCUAGUUUUAUCACUGUUUUCCAACUGCUAGUAUUAACUCAGCCGCACCAAGCACAACAUAUUUGAAUAUUAAUUUCCGGAAGUUCCAAGUUUUUGGGGUUCAGAUGAGUGCACAUGAAUCACGUGUUUUUAAAGAGCGCGAAUUUUCUUUCAAUGCCGACAUUUCAAAGACACGUAAACGUGCACGAUAUUGUCCUUGCGCCAUCUGUUUUAUUUGUAUGCGAAUUUAAGUUUAACUAGAGUACGUCCCUCGAAGAUAUCCAUGUUAGUGUUACCACAAGAUAGAUUUUGUACAUUAUUGGUCUUCUUUAUCGUCUGUCAUGUAAGCCUACAAAUCCGUACUGUGCCGAACAAGAGAGA